CACACUUUCACCAGUGCUUUAACCCACUCCAGCGCGCCCCGCAAGAGAUAAUGUGACCUUCUGCCAAAGUGCCAGAAAGCACGCCACGGGCACCGGGGGCUCCUCUGUCGAUACUGAAAUAGACUCAAACAAGUGCCGAGAGAAGAGAAAGAGGAGGGGGGGAGAGAGAGAGGGUAAAAAGGAAAGCCACUGUGGAAGCGACAAGCAGAGAAUGAGCUGUCGGCUGCCGGGGCUGGAUGCGGAUUGCCAGAGCAGGGCAUAGGUGGCUGAGAUGGGCCUCUCUCUAGGACAGCUGAGAGCCUCCCUGCCGCGUCUGUUGUUCUUUCUACUCUAUACCGCCCCCUGCUGCCAGGCUCGCCCUUUCGAGCAGCCUACUGUCAAUGUGGCAGUGGUGUUCAGUGGCUCCGCCUACCAAGCGGAGAUCAAGGGGCGGCUGAGCCGGGACAACUUCCUGGACCUGCCCCUGGAGGUGAACCCCAUCACGGUGCUGGUGAACGACUCAAACCCACGUGCGCUGCUCACCCGCAUCUGUGACACGCUGGCCGCGCACCGCGUGCAUGGCGUGGUGUUCGAGGACAACAUCGGCACCGAGGCUGUGGCCCAGAUCUUGGAUUUCAUCUCGACACAGACAGCCGUCCCCAUUGUGGGCAUCAGCGGGGGAUCAGCAGUUGUUCUCCCACACAAGGGUGAGGGCUCGGCGUUUCUGCAGCUUGGGUCAUCCAUAGAGCAACAGAUCAAUGGGAUGUUCAAGGUGAUGGAGGAAUACGACUGGCGCAACUUUGUAGUGAUCACCAGUCUCUAUCCCGGGCACGAGACCUUCGUAGACUACAUCCGCUCCUUCACGGACACCAGCUACUUCCUGUGGGAACUGCAGGAUGUGCUGAGCUUCGAGAUGUCGGAGGCCGCCAACGACAUCCGCACGCGCCGGAUGCUGCAGCAGGUCGACGCCCAGGUCUUGUUGGUCUACUGCUCCCACGAGGAAGCGGUCUACCUCUUCGCCAUGGCAACUGAGGCGGGGCUAGUGGGGCCCGGAUAUAUAUGGAUUGUUCCCAGCCUGGCUGUGGGAAACCCUGACCUCGUCCCCCCGGAAAGCUUUCCCGUCGGACUCAUAAGCAUCACCACGGAUGGCUGGAAGAAGAGUCUGCGGCAACGCGUGCGGGAUGGGGUGGCUAUUGUGGUGAACGGUGUACAGAGCUUCCGCAGACACCAGGGGUUUGUCCCCGAGGGCUACAAUGACUGUCACAGUCCUAUGCAUCCUUCAAGCAACAAUACCCUGUUCAGGCACAUGUUGAAUGUCACAUGGGAACACCGCGAUUUGUCCUUCAACCCGGACGGCCACCUCACCAACCCAUCCAUGGUGAUCAUUACUUUGGACCGAGAGCGACAGUGGGACAAGGUAGGGAGCCUCGAAAGGGGCAUUCUCCAGAUGAGGUAUCCGGUCUGGCCACGCUAUGGCAACUUCCAAGAACCCUUGUCUGACAACCGGCACCUGACAGUGGCCACCUUGGAAGAGCGGCCCUUCGUCAUCGUCGAGAACGUGGACCCGGACACCGGCACCUGCGUGCGCAACACAGUGCCGUGCCGCCGUCAGGCCAACAAGACCGAAGUGAUUGCAGGCCACACAGAACCAUACACUAAACUCUGCUGUAAAGGCUUCUGUAUAGACAUCCUGAAGAAACUCUCCCGUACCAUUAAGUUCUCCUAUGACCUGUACCUGGUCACCAAUGGAAAGCAUGGAAAGCUGGUCCGUGGGAUUUGGAACGGAAUGAUUGGAGAGGUGUUUUAUAAGCGUGCAGACAUGGCCAUUGGGUCCCUCACCAUUAAUGAGGAGCGGUCAGAAAUUAUUGACUUCUCUGUGCCGUUCGUGGAAACAGGGAUCAGCGUAAUGGUGGCUAGGAGCAACGGGACUGUUUCCCCUUCGGCCUUUCUUGAGCCGUACAGCCCAGCGGUGUGGGUCAUGAUGUUCGUCAUGUGCCUGACCGUCGUGGCCGUCACUGUGUUCGUCUUUGAAUAUUUCAGUCCCGUCGGAUACAACCGCAGCUUAGUCAGAGCCAAAGCUCCAGGGGGUCCCACUUUCACGAUUGGGAAAUCAGUAUGGCUGCUGUGGGGCAUUGUCUUCAACAACUCUGUGCCCAUCGAGAAUCCCAAAGGCACCACCAGCAAGAUCAUGGUGUUGGUCUGGGCCUUCUUUGCUGUCAUUUUCUUGGCCAGCUACACAGCCAAUCUGGCUGCUUUUAUGAUCCAGGAGCAGUACAUUGACACAGUCUCUGGGCUCAGUGACAAAAAGUUCCAGAAGCCCCAGGAACAUUACCCGCCAUUUCGCUUUGGCACGGUGCCCAAUGGUAGCACGGAGAGGAACAUCCGUAGUAACUAUCCAGACAUGCACACUCACAUGAUCAAGUACAAUCAGCGAGGAGUGGAGGAUGCACUUAACAGUCUGAAAUCAGGCAAGCUGGAUGCCUUCAUCUAUGACGCAGCAGUGUUAAACUACAUGGCUGGCAAAGAUGAGGGCUGCAAGCUGGUGACCAUUGGCAGUGGAAAGGUGUUUGCGACGACAGGCUAUGGCAUCGCCCUGCAGAAGGACUCCCGCUGGAAGCGCCCCAUUGACCUGGCCUUACUCCAGUUCCUAGGAGACGGUGACACCGAGAGGCUGCAGACGGUGUGGCUGUCGGGGAUCUGUCAGAACGAGAAAAACGAGGUGAUGAGCUCCAAGCUGGACAUCGACAACAUGGCGGGGGUCUUCUACAUGCUGCUGGUGGCCAUGGGCCUCAGCCUGCUGGUGUUUGCCUGGGAACACCUGCUAUACUGGAAGUUGCGCCACUCCGUGUGCAAGUCAGACCGGCUGGACUUCCUGCUCGCCAUCAGCAGGGGCAUUUACAGUUGCUUCAGUGGAGUCGAGGAUCCAGAUCGGUCUGCCAGCAUCCCAAACCCUGACAUCACCACCAACUAUGCCCAGGCCAACAUGUUAAAGAUGCUUCAGACUGCUAAGGAUAUAGUCUCCUCGACUAAAGUGGAGAAUUCCCUAGAAAACGCCACUAAGACCAUAGAGAACUGGAGCCGACACGGUGACAUCAAGGGUGGCCUCCAGGGCAGACUUCCACAGGUGGCCCAUACAGAAAUGCUGACCAAUCGCUUUCCAUAUGUCUCCAGCAUUACGGAAAACCACGCCUCUUUCCCACAAUGCCCUUUGACUCCCACAUUCCCCAUGCAUUAUGGUGAAAACUCCAGCCAGACAUUGAUAGAGAGACCGAGGGUGCUGGCGCAGGCACAUCCGGUGCACUAUACUUUUCCUAUUCAGGGUAGCCGCCUCUAUGACAGGAUGCUGCCCGUAUCCAGCCUGAGUAGUCCUGGGGUUAUCAUGAAGGAUGCCCUCCCUCCUGUGCUGAAUCAUCACCAAAGCAGUGGGCUGGUUGUGGAUCCCCAACAUCGCGGAUCCUCAUUUGUCCCAUACAGAGAGUUUCCGGUGCCAGAUGUGUAUGCGGAGCACCGGGAGCCCAUGAUCCAUAAGGCUCCCGCCAAUGGCCUAAGACGCAAGAAGAGGUCCCACAGCUACCUGGAUGAGUCUUCGAGGCCGAGGAGGAAGCAGGAUUACGAAGAGCGAUCUGCGAGCCUGGUAGAGCUGAGAGCGAACCACCUCAUGGACCCCCAUGUUCCUGCUGCCUUAGCCUGUGUGAACAGUCAAUUUCCAAGAACCAGCACCGGCUGCAAAUCCUGCGUUAAAUCGUAUGUGGAGCCCGAACAGGAUGAUGUACCUCUACUGGGGCGGCGGAGCGUGAAUCGCAGGCCGUCUUUUCUCAAGGCCACCUGGGGAAGUGACCGAGCUCACCAGCUGGAUGAGAUGCCCUCCACCCCCAUGUCUACUUGCAUAGACGUGCCAGACCUCUUUCCCCGAAGGGUGGCGGCCAAAUCUGCAAGGUACUAUAACUCUAUGGGGAAAGGCUUGUGCUACCCAGUGCCAAUUGAGCAUGCCUACCUCCAUCCAGCCCACAGUCACCCAUUUAAGAGGCAAAGGCUGAAACACUCUCAGUCCACUCGCUUGCCGUCUUAUCGGGAGGCCAUUCUCCAAAAUGCAGCUGCUCUGCGGAGAUCUUCCACCGUAUUGCACAGACACUAUUCUACCUACCUGGACGCAUAUGGAGACAUGCCAGUCUAUAUGGGGCCCCUUGCACAGGGAACAACCCCGACCUGUGAACACUCCAUGGAGAUGUGCAACCUCUUCCCUUGCAUGGGUCACUGCCCGGAAGAUGCCUCCCUGGUACCUGGGCAGAUAGGGUACCAGGACAAUGUGUACAGAGUGUACAGGGACGCCGGGAGGGGUCAGGAGGACUCCACACUGAUAGCACCUCACAGCAGAGACAGGAGGCACGUUGUAGUCACGGGCAGAGGUGCCAAUCCUCGUGUGCCAAAGCCUUGGAGCAGGGUGUCUAGCCUGGAAUCAGAGGUUUGAGCAUUCCUCCUUUUCCUUGCCAGGAAAAGGUGAUAACACUGUUUUCAUUUGGCUGCUUUAAGAAAUAAGUGACUCUGAUCGACAUUCAGCCACUGGUCCAAGCAAAAAAAAAAAAAGUACAAGCUACAGAGGACUUCAAAUUGUUUACUUUCUGCAAUAAUGUCUCGGCUGCAGGGAAGAAGAAGACACUGUCAUGUAGUCAAAGCUGGAUCAUGUCAACUUGACUUUAAGAGAAAAAAAUCAUGUUGAACAGUUCUCAGCGUAUUCGAUCGAUUGAUUGUUAUUUAUCCAGUAAUGGUGUCUUUCUGUUGAGUGGAUCCAUUACAUGAGGUAUAUUGCAGCGAUUAUCUAUAAAGCACCAUGGCUUCAUGGAGGGCUCCUAGUCAAAAUGUAAGAAAGAAAAGUUUGGUUUUAUUUGGAAAAAAAACAUAAUUAGUAUUUUUUUUCACUUAUUCAGACAUGAACUGGCAAAAAUAAUAAUAAUAAUUAAAAAAAUCACAUUCCUGAAAUAUCUGCCAUGAACUUUGUAAGCACAGGGCAAGGAGACAUUGUUAACUGCAGCUUUUGCUUCAACAGCAGCUCCUUGUGACAGGGUUUUAAAAUGAUUAGUAUCACACCUGUAUUACAGAGGCUCUUCCAUUCACUAAUAAAUUACUAAGGUAUUCCGGAGGUCCCUCACUGCUCCUGCAGUUUCGUCUUUUUCUUGGGUGACUGAGAAAAGGCUCAGGAGAGACUCCAAACAUUUUUCUCCCCCUUAUGUGAGUUAGUAAAGCACAAUUUGCCAUGAAGGGGGGGGGGAGGGGGUGUAUAUUUCUUUUUUUUUGAGGAGGCAUACAAAUUAAUGUUGUGAAUCACACAUAUACAACAAAAUAUUAUUUAAACAUACAAAUAAGCGACUGAUUUGAAAUUUGAUACUGCUUAUCUAAAAUUAUUGUCUCCUGCAACAUAUAUUUCAAAGUUUUAUGCUAUUCCAUCUUGUAUUCUUGUAGUAGCAGUAUUAUAAAUAUGAAGUAUUAGUAAUAAUAGUUUAGUAAGAGUAACGAUAUAAGGGCUUUGAAUCACUGCUGCGUUUGUUACAUUUAUGAAAAUAAACUCUCAAAACUAUCCAGAUUAAGGUAUAAUGUUGAAAUUUGGCACAGGGCUAAGGAAAAUGUUUACAAGUCCACUUCAUAUCGUCUCUUGUGUUAUUGUCACUGAGUUCUUUUUCCAAUUUUCUUACGUGAGCUAGUCAUGAGUUAAGAUGCUUGUUGAGAAAACAGAGGCUAGUUAGAUUGCUGAGUAAUACACACGUCCAUCACCAACUGCGGAUCAUAUACCCUCAGUAGUACACGCAAGCUCCAACUGCGGAUCAUAUACCCUCAAUAGUACACGCAAGCUCCAGCUGCGGAUCAUAUACUCUCAGUAGUACACGCAAGCUCCAACUGCGGAUUAUAUACCCUCAGUAGUACACGCAAGCUCCAGCUGCGGAUCAUAUACCCUCAUUAGUACACCCAAGUUUCAUAUCCCAUAACCAUUGCACACAUACAUACUUGGGAGGCAAAGACAACAAGCCUUGCUUAAACUGCCGGUUUUCAGCUGUGACACCAGCAGCACAGUGCCUAUAAAGGUUUAUAUUGACACUCAGGGUUGGGGGUUUAAAUCCUACCCUGCGUGUGGAUUCUGCAGUAAGACCCUGUGCUGGGUAAGUGAUUGGACAAAGGAUGGAUAGAUUCUCUAUAUUAAGGAAUGAAAUUAUCUCAUUAGCAGUGAAUAGUCCCCCUCAUUUCCACAGUGGAAGCAUAUUGCAGUGGUGUAAAUAUACCUUCUUACCUAUUCAUCACUCGAGAUCAGAUGUUUUGAAAAGUUAAGUACUGUAAUGACACUGGACUUGCCACCAGCUGGUUGUUGGUUCAUGUCCCAGGAGGGCCUCUGCUGUUCUGUGUUUCAGCAAACCAUUCACAUUUGUUUGAUGCAGUGAACAUUUCUGGCUAUGUAAACCACCUCACAUAAAUGUGUAUGCUAAGCAAUUAAAUAGGGAAGAA